AUGAGAUCGGUAUUCUGCCUUAUUGCAUUGGUGUUUAUGUGUAAUGGUAUCAGCUGCUUGCUCCUACCGGGAUUACGGUACGCUUCAAGAGAUGCAUCUCCGUCGUUGUCGUGGUUUUCAAGAGUUCGACGUUUGCCUCUACUUACACACCGGGUUAUAGAUCCCAAUGAGGAUUGUUUCAUGGUAACGUCUGAAGAAGGGGAGCUAUUCUUCAAGUCGCCGAGUGACGAGCCAGUGGUGUGCGGUAUCUACAUGAUAACGGAGCCUGAUAAGAGAAUCCAGGUCACUUUCAACUACCUUGACGUGCCGUGCGACAAUGGCGGACUUGUGGCGUGGAUCGAUGGAUGGGAGUUGAAUGGCCAAGUCUGGCCAGCAGAUACUUGGGACGAUGACAGAGUUGUUGAAUCUUGUGAUCGGAGACCACAGCAUAAACUAUUGUCUCACCAGAACGCUGCGCUUAUACAGUACCGGGUUCCUGCGAAAGGAAAAGGAUUCGCUGUCACGAUACGUCACUUGAAGAAUCCACGACCUUGCAACCUUAUGCUUUUCGGCGCGGAUGGGGUGUACACACUUAGGAAUCACGGUGAAGCUGGCAACUGCUCUGUAAUCGCAAUUUCCCCUACCACAGUCCGCAUUCUGGAUUUAAACGUGGGCCAAACUAUUAAGAAGGGAACAUUACUCAAUAUUGAGACGGGGACAAUUCAUAGAUGCACAAAGCGUGGCUUGCUGGACUUCGUGGACAUUGGAGGGGCAAGUGGCCUCGACCACACGAGGAUGGAAGUAUUCGACAGUGUGUGUGGACUCGACUCUAACGAAGCCCGUCGCCCUGCUUUCAUCGCCUGUGAAGACACCGUAGUCCGCCUGGUGUCCAGUGGACGUUACCAGAAUUCCGUCACCUUAGAAUUUUCCCCACUCCCCAUGGAACACAUAGACCAAGCUGAUCUUAUCUGUUUAAUAAACGAAGUUUAA